AAGAAGAAGAAGAAGAAGAAGAAGAAGAAGAAGAAGAAGAAGAAGAAACCCCAAUGCGCAUGCGCAGUACAAGCUCUACACUCCAUUCACCAAAAUGGCGACAUUGACUGUACAUCGACCACCGUUUGGGGGUUUCAAUUUCGAAAACUCCAAAAGAAAUGCUGCUUUGGAAGGUGCAGUGAACAAAGUGGGAAGCAGUUUACCUGCCGCUCGAAAAACAGGAACUACCAUCUGUGGUAUUGUCUUCAAGGAUGGUGUUAUCUUGGGAGCUGACACUAGAGCCACUGAAGGCAUGAUAGUGGCAGACAAGAACUGCUCGAAAAUCCAUUACAUCUCCUCAAACAUUUAUUGUUGUGGAGCAGGAACAGCUGCCGACACAGAGAUGACCACUCAGAUAAUUUCCUCGAACCUCGAGCUUCAUUCCCUUUCUACUGGCAGAGUGCCACGUGUGGCCACUGCUAACCGCAUGCUCAAGCAAAUGCUCUUCAGAUAUCAGGGCUACAUUGGGGCUGCUCUGGUCCUGGGUGGAGUUGACUGUAAUGGUCCCCACAUUUACAGCAUCUACCCUCAUGGUUCCACUGACAAGCUGCCCUAUGUCACCAUGGGUUCUGGGUCUCUGGCAGCUAUGGCAGUGUUUGAGGACCGCUACAAGCCUGAUAUGGAGGAGGAAGAGGCCAAACGGUUGGUGCGUGAUGCCAUUGCUGCUGGUAUCUUCAAUGACCUGGGCUCCGGAAGCAACAUUGAUCUUUGUGUUAUCACCAAGGGCAAAGUAGACUAUAUCCGACCCCAUGAUGAGGCCAACAAGAAGGGUGUCAGAACUGGUGACUACAAGUACAAAAGGGGUACCACUGGUGUGCUGACAAAGGUUGUGACCCCACUGGACCUGGAGCUGGUUGAUGAAUCUGUACACACUAUGGAUACCUCCUAAAAUACUUUGUUUCUUGAUGUAUUUUGCUAAUCUGGAGAAAACAAAUGGUAUUCUUUUCCAUGUUUUCCAAUAAAAGUGUUGGUGUUGA